AUGUUGUUCUAUGUUUCAGGAUAUAACAUUUCUGAUCUGGUUGAAGAAGCCCAAAACCGGUGGCUGAAGCCUGCAGAGGUGCUCUUUAUUUUACAAAAAUAUGAGGACCACCAGCUCGCACAUGAGCCCCCUCAAAAGCCAGCUAGUAAGCUCCUUAUUCGCUGUGGAUCAUUAUUUCUUUUUAACAAGAGGGUUCUUCGAUUUUUUCGUAAAGACGGUCAUAGUUGGCGCAGAAAGAAGGAUGGGAGAACUGUUGGGGAAGCACAUGAAAGACUGAAGGUUGGAAAUGUUGAAGCUCUAAAUUGCUAUUAUGCACAUGGAGAACAGAAUCCCAAUUUUCAGAGACGGAGCUAUUGGAUGUUGGAUCCGGCGUAUGAGCACAUUGUUCUUGUCCAUUACAGAGACAUAAAUGUGGGAAGGUACAAUGCAGGAUCCAGUUCCCAGUUGUCAGCAGGAUCCUCUUCUUUGUGUCAGAGUCCCAGCUCUUUUACUAGUCAGCAUCCAGGCAGCACUGCUGUUGUUAGUGAAUAUCCUGAACCAUCUCAAUAUCUAUCUAGUCCUGGAACUGUAGAAGUUAGUUCAGAAUCAGUCAUCACCAGCACUGCAAAUUGCUUGGAGAUAACGGAAAGAACAGGGGAGGUUGAUAAUAGUUCAUCAGAACAGGAGCUUGACAAAGCUUUGCGAAAGCUAGAGGAGCAAUUAAGUUUGAACAAUGACAGCUUGAAAGAAAUGGACCCAUUCUACAGUGAGAAUGAGAAUUCAAAUGAUUCAGAUUAUGUAGGACAGGAUCAAUUUUACAUUAGAUCUGCUGGGAUGCAAGAUGACUCAAUCAGUCCUGUGCCACAGCAGUAUUCAGAUGACAUCGCGGAACACAAUCAUCAGCCCUUGGGGGAUGGAUUUUCUGUUGAAACUAAAGAAACUUCAGGUUGGAAAGAGAUGCUCGCUGGCUGUCUGAGUUCAACAGGUGUUGAAUCACAAGUUAUGCACGCAUACACAUCAGAUGUAAAAGGAUUGCUACUGCCGCCGCCAAGGAGGGAGCUGGAGAACCAUCAUUGGCUUACUUCUGGUAUCCACAAUGCUCGGAAGUCUUUUAUGUUGCUGCCGCAAGAUGUUGAAGGAUCUCUCGAAGCCGACUCAAGUUUAACCAUUGCGCCCAAGCAGAAAUUUAUGAUUCGGGAUGUAUGUCCAGAAUGGGGUUAUGCCUCUGAGAGUACAAAA